CCCAGCCAAUAGAACGCGAGCGGUGAAGCCAAAGGCGCGCGUGGCAGUCGGUUGGCUCUAACGGUCGUCAUUCGACGCCACCUUCGGUUAGGGUUGGGCGCAGGAGGAGCGAGCAGGGAACGAGACAGUCGCCGUCUCCGCGAGGCACCAUGCGUGAAUGCAUCUCUAUCCAUGUUGGACAGGCUGGAGUUCAGAUUGGCAAUGCUUGUUGGGAAUUGUAUUGUCUUGAACAUGGAAUCCAACCUGAUGGCCAGAUGCCAAGUGACAAAACCAUAGGAGGCGGUGAUGAUUCCUUUAACACUUUCUUUAGUGAAACAGGAGCUGGUAAACAUGUGCCUAGAGCUGUCUUUGUGGACCUUGAACCAACUGUAGUUGAUGAGGUACGUACAGGCACUUACAGGCAGUUAUUUCACCCUGAGCAACUUAUUACUGGAAAAGAAGAUGCUGCUAACAAUUACGCCAGAGGGCAUUAUACCAUAGGAAAAGAGAUUGUUGAUCUAGUGCUGGAUCGCAUUCGCAAGUUGGCUGAUCUAUGUACAGGUCUCCAGGGUUUUCUCAUUUUUCAUAGUUUUGGAGGAGGUACUGGUUCUGGAUUUGCAUCUCUGCUCAUGGAAAGACUCUCGGUUGACUAUGGCAAAAAGUCCAAGUUGGAGUUUGCAAUUUACCCAGCUCCACAGGUGUCUACUGCUGUGGUGGAGCCUUAUAAUUCUAUCCUUACUACGCAUACAACACUGGAGCAUUCUGACUGUGCAUUCAUGGUAGAUAACGAAGCCAUUUAUGAUAUUUGUCGACGUAAUCUCGACAUUGAACGUCCUACCUACACAAACCUAAAUCGUCUCAUCGGUCAGAUAGUUUCUUCCAUUACAGCUUCACUUCGUUUUGAUGGGGCUCUGAAUGUAGAUCUGACAGAAUUUCAGACAAAUCUUGUCCCAUAUCCCCGAAUCCAUUUCCCUCUGGCAACAUAUGCACCUGUCAUUUCAGCUGAAAAGGCGUACCAUGAGCAGUUGUCUGUGGCUGAAAUCACCAAUGCCUGUUUUGAACCAGCUAAUCAGAUGGUAAAGUGUGACCCUCGCCAUGGUAAAUACAUGGCCUGCUGUAUGCUGUAUAGAGGUGAUGUUGUCCCAAAAGAUGUCAAUGCUGCUAUUGCAACUAUCAAAACAAAGCGUACCAUUCAGUUUGUGGAUUGGUGUCCAACUGGGUUCAAGGUAGGCAUAAACUACCAGCCACCCACUGUAGUGCCAGGUGGGGAUUUGGCCAAGGUGCAGCGUGCUGUCUGUAUGUUGAGUAAUACAACUGCCAUUGCAGAAGCUUGGGCUCGUCUUGACCAUAAGUUUGACCUGAUGUAUGCCAAGCGAGCUUUUGUGCAUUGGUAUGUUGGGGAAGGAAUGGAAGAAGGAGAAUUUUCAGAAGCUCGUGAGGAUUUGGCUGCCCUUGAGAAAGAUUAUGAAGAAGUGGGUGUUGAUUCUGUGGAAGCCGAGGCUGAAGAAGGAGAGGAGUACUAAAAGGAGAAGUAUCCUCAAAUGAUCAACAUUUAAGAGUAUUUUCAUAUUCUCGUUCAGUUUCAAAUAAAAUUUUUAAAGUUUUAGCAGGUUUCAUUUAAUAGUUUCAAAUAGAUAGUUAUGUCUCAUAGUUUGAUUUAUCAGUAGUUUUAUGCAAUAGACUCUUAUCCAGGCAGUUUUAAGAGUCGAUUGAAAAUACCUGAAGUAUUAUUAAAAAUAAGACAUAUAUAGUAUAUGCAUUGCCUACCCAUUAAAAUAAUGAGAAUUUAAACAAAUUGAAUAUUUAGGAAAAGUAUGUAACCCCAACAUUUUGGAUUGUCAGUUUUUUUCAUGAAGGCAUGUAAUCUUGAACUAGAUAAAAAUAGUUGUGUCUGAAAUGCAAAGUUAUAAAUCUUUAUUUUGAAGGAAAUCAACACUGUUUUGUAUGUGUUAAUUCCAGAAGACAGGAUUGUGAACGUUUCCUGCAAUUUUGUAUUUCUUCAUUUGGAAUUAAAACAUAUUGAGCAUAUCAAGCCUUAGGUCCAAUAGCUUUGCACAGGGAAUAUUUUGUGCAUUUGGUUGUCUGUGAUUAUUAUAUUCUGGCCAGUUCCUUAAACCCAAGACUCCCAGUACCGUUUGAGCAGAAUGGAGAUCAUGAUAGCAAUCAUAAGUAUCUAGUUCAAGUGCAUUGAAACAAAACACGUAAACUAGUUUCCUGUAGAUAGAGAAGGAUUUUCUAUCCAAAGGACAUAAGUUUUAUUUUUUUCACUGAUAAAAUACAGGUAAUGUCCAUGCAUGGCUUCAAGGAUUUGUAAACCUAAUGGCUUUAAUUAAAAUUCAUGUUAAUAUAAGAUA